AUGUCGUUCGCCGGUGUGUCGGUCGUCGACGGCGGCAAGCGCUGCACCUGCGACACGUCGGCAGUCUACGCCGGCGCGGACAGCGGGUACCACCUGCUUAUGGUCAGGGACUACUCGCGUACCAAGCUUCAGUUGCCCACCGGCGAGAGCGCCACCACCGGCCUUUUCACGGUGGGAGAAUAUGAUUGGUACAUCGAGUACUACCCCAACGGAGAGAACCCAAACUGCCGGGACUUCGUUUCGCUCUACGUCACGAGGCAUACCCUCUACGACUGCGACGGCGAAGAGGAUGUGGAGGCCAAGUUCAGCUUCAGUCUCGUCGACCAGCUUGAGAAGCACAAGCCAGGGUACAUUCAUGGAACCAAUAAAACUUGCACCUUCUCCAGCAGUGCUCCCUCCUGGGGCAGCGACAGAUUUGUGAGAAGAGAUGCCCUGGAACGAUCGGCGGACCUAAAGGGUGACUGUCUCACCAUCCGGUGCGACAUCAUGGUUGUUUGCAAGGAUCACAAAAUCGAGGAUGCCGCUGGCACCAUAUCUGACAUAAACCAGCAUUUUGGCCACCUCCUUCAGAACAAGGUGGGUGCUGAUGUGACAUUUGAGGUCGGUGGCGAGACGUUCGCUGCACACCGGUGUGUGCUUGCAGCCCGGUCUAAAGUGUUCAUGGCGCAGCUCUUUGGCCCCAUGAAGGAGGGCGCCGCAACAUCCAGCGUCAUACAGAUCAAAGACAUGGAGGCAAAAGUGUUCAGGGCUUUGCUAAGCUUCAUCUACACGGAUUCACUCCCUGCGAUGGAGAAGGACAGCAUGGAGGAGGAUGAAAUGUCAGAAGUUAUGGACGAAGGGCGAGAAGAAGCAGCAGAGUUUGAAAUGUGGCUGCAAUGGUUGGAAGAUUUGUUUGUGGCGGCAGACAGAUACGAUCUCCAAUUGCUCAAGUUAAUCUGUGAAAAGCAGUUGUCUGAGCACAUAAGUGUGAGCUCGGUGACGUCCACUCUUGCUCUAGCUGAGAAGCACCACUGCUGUGGAUUGAAGGAGGCAUGCUUGAAGUUUAUCCAAGUGCAGUCUCCCUCGUGCUUGCAAACAGUAAUGGCAACUAGUGGCUGGGAUCAUAUAGCAGUGACCUAUCCCUGGGUUGUGAAGGAGUUCAUUGCCAAGCUUGCUUCGAAUCAGCGCAAGUAA